AUGUCCCAGGGUCCUCCUCCCUCAGACGCGGGACCUUCACGCGCGGGCACCCCGCAAGUGAAUCCACAGGCUACUUCUGGAAAUAGCCAGACGUACAGCUUUUCCCAAUUCCAAACAAAUAGUCCUUGGCCCUACUACCAACCUGGACAACCACACCAGCAGCAAUAUCCUCCCACUCUACAGCAAAUUCCUCACCCUCAGCAGGUUCAGCAACCCGCGCCGGCACCUGAUGUAAAGCCUAAAUCACCCAGCCCACCCCCGCCCCCGAAGUUCAACCGAGAAUGGGAUGCGAUUAUCAAGUCCUUUCUAGAGAGGGCGGGUCUGAAACAGACCCUGCGUGCAUUUGAAAAGGAUAUGGUGGUCCUCAAUCCGGACUUCGAGGAGAAAGAGAUACCGUCUGCUCUGGCACAAUUACACCAGGAGUUAACGCGACUCCAAUCUGAAUCUCACGACGAUUCGAAGCCUACUAAGCGGCCUUUGGAGGAGAAAAAGCUCGAUUACAUUCAUCCCUCGAACCGUCACGAACCUCGUACACCGACGUCAAUUAACAAAGAGAUCGCCGUGUUCCUGGCAAGGAAUCGUGCUAGGAAUGAUGCGUCCAAUCGUCGCGAAUUCCUAAAAUCCCUUUCGGAAAAACGCAGACGACUGUUGGGAGAUGGUCCGCACACACACGAUCAGCUGGAGCAGGUUGCCUCGUGUGCUCGCACGGACGCGAAGACGAUCGACAGAGAUUUACAAAUGAAGUAUGAUAUUGCUAAGAAUGAGGAAGGGCCUCUGCGGAAGACCAUCAAGACCGAAGAGGCCGCUUCAAAUGGGGAACUUCGGCAAACCACAGGGACUAACUCACAUGCCGUUGACCAACUUACGCCUGAACGAUAUCCAGGUUUGGAUGAGCGAAUCAAGAACAUCGAGACGCACCUCUCCGUGCGAUAUGUACCCGCAAUACCACAUUCCUUCCUUGACCGGAUCAGGUUCCUCGAAGAUCACAUUAUACGUCUUGAGAAGGAGUACCCUCCGUGGGCGGCCCUGCACUUCAAUCAGCCUCACCGUGGUGUAAGUCGUUCCCCCAUAGGUUCCAUCGUUCACGGGAGAGUCAUAAUCCAUCAAAAUGUAGUGGCCCCCACCACCUCGGCCCACACCGAUUAUCGUGCCUUCACACCUGACAAGGAAGGAAGAGAUGCCUCCGCCAGCUCCUUCGUCAGAUCCGGCGGUCAGCCAAUCUCCUGUAGUGGGGAAGGGGAAGGCGAAAGCCUCUGCGAUUCGAGCUUGCUGAAGGCAGUCAUGGAGAAGCUCGAGGUGCAAAAGGCGAAGGAUGACCUCGCUAGAGGUGGAGAAGGAAGUGGUACCUAG